AGACAAGGCACACACCAGGUCUUCUGCAGCCCUUAUCUUUCCACUCCGUCCAGAACAUUACUAAUUUCAUAUUAGUAUGUCAUCUCAGGAAAGAAAAGGCAGACUGGAAGAUCCAGACCAUGAGGCUAAAAGUUUGUGCAGACUACUGAGUCUUAUCAAGACACCUGCGAGCAAACAACAAUUACCGUCCAUCAACUUGAUAUGUUCUAGUCAUUCCAAGACCAAGUGUCCCAUUCCUCAACCCAAAUCUGGAGCCUGCCAACAUCUUUCUACUGAAGCAAUUGCUUUGCAGAAGUUCAGUGUUCAGUACCAGAGUGAGAGAAACUUCAGUUCACAUCCUCAUCACAAAUAUCUGGAGGAAGUCUUCACAGCCUUGACGCAGCAAAGACUUUGCUCUCCGGAGUGGAUCAAUGGAGCUCCACCUGAAAACAUUCUCCGAAUUCUUGUGUGUUUACGGAUUCUCAUGAGAGAUUCGUCAUUUCAGCACAGAUUCUUUGAACAUGGAGGUGUCAAAUAUUUGUCAGAGCAUUUUAAGAAAGCUACAAAUAAUUAUCUUACUAAUGGAGAUGAACUCUUUGUGGUCGAUAUUUUGAAGGAGAUGACAAAUAUAUUCCAGAAGUUGUCAGCUAAUGCUCAGCACAGGGAGUGGCUUGUAGCAUGUGAGGCACAUCAUUCCCUAGUAUUGUUGCUGACAGCCAGUGAUGUGUUGGUUCUACACUGCUCUCUGUAUGCUCUCAUUAGACUUGCUCAAAGUGAAAAGCCACGCCAGCUGAUUGGUGAGCUGAACACAAUUGAUGUUCUACUGCGGAUAAUCCACGAGUACGAUAUGAUGUCAAAAAAAGUGGCAUCUGAUCUGCUACGACUGUUGUGCGCCGACUCUCAGAGCAGAGAUAUGGUUAGAAUUUAUGACGGGGUUCCCAUUCUUCUCAGUGAACUUCAUUCCGAUAAUGUGGAUGUUCUGUGGAAUGUGGUUUGGUGCAUCGUCCAGCUCUGUGAGGACCCGGACUCCAGCAACAACAUCCGACAGAUGGGGGGCAUUCCACUACUACUUUCUCUCCUACAUGAAAGAAAAUUUGUUACGGAACGUGCUGAUGCAAGUGGAAUGGCUGUUGCCUCUGCCAGAAUUCAUAAAAGAACACCUUCUGUACUUGACGAGCAAGAACAACUGUUAGAAGCACAGUUUUCUCUUAAAUCAGCUUGUUGUGCCGCUCUCACUGAACUUGUUCUCAACGAUGCCAACGCUCAACAAAUAGUGCAGGCUAACGGGAUCUACUCUCUGGGCUUGCUCAUACUGCCUCACACAGCCAGAGACAAACACAAGAAAGCUGCUGAAAAACUACAGAGAAAUGGAUUCCGAGCUUUGCGUUUUCUGUUCAGUAUGGAGAGAAACCGACGUUUGUUUAAACAGUUGUUUCCAACUAAGAUGUAUGCCAAGUUUAUUGACAUAGGACACUACAACCGAUCACUGUCAUCAUACAAACCACUGGUGGAAAUGAUGAAUAGCUUACCGGAGGAGGAAGUUGACGAAAUUAAGAAGAAAGUGUUGGAGACCAAUCAGAAUCGUGCUCCGACAAGCUCUAUUGGCGACUACGCUGUGUUUGAGCUGCUCGGCAGUGGGGCGUUUGGCUCCGUGUACAAAGUGAAGAAGAAAACAGCAGGACAGUCAUUCCUGGCCAUGAAAGAAUUGAAUCUGCAUGACCCAGCGUUUGGUAAGAAUGCCAAUGAGAGAAAGGAGAGUGUUGGACAGAUUCAGAGUGAGGUGAACAUCAUAAAAGAGCAGAUGAAACAUCCAAACAUUGUCAGAUAUCACAAGACCUUCGUUGAAAAUGACAGGUUGUACAUAGUGAUGGAGUUGAUUGAAGGUGCCCCAUUGUUCGAUCAUUUCAAUUCACUCAAAGAGAAAAAGUCUAAUUUUGAUGAGAACAGAAUUUGGAAUAUAUUUUUACAGAUGGUGUUAGCUCUGAGAUAUCUCCACAAAGAGAAGGGGAUAGUUCACCGAGAUCUCUCUCCCAAUAAUGUCAUGUUGGGCGAAAACGAUAAAGUCACCAUCACUGAUUUUGGUGCAGCGAAACAGAAAAGAAGUGACUGUAGUAAAAUGACAUCACAAGUUGGAACAAUUCUUUAUUCUUGCCCAGAGAUAGUUCAGAGCCAGCCGUAUGGUGAGAAGGCAGACAUCUGGUCGCUGGGCUGUAUUCUCUAUCAGAUGUGUACACUCGAACCACCAUUCUUCAGCCACAACAUGCUCACACUGGCAACAAAGAUUGUUGAGGCUGAAUACAAACCCAUUUCCACUGAUGAAUAUUCCAAAAGGAUUAUUGAUACGGUGUCAAGCUGUAUCACUGCGUCUCCCGACUCCCGCCCUGACAUUCUUCAGCUAAGUGGCAGUCUGGUGGAUAUCAUGCUCGUUAACAUGGACGGGCUCCGAAUACAGCAGAUGAGUUUAGAGAGGAAGCUCGACAGAGAAAGAAAAAGAACACAAAAACAUUUUUUCGAGGCCUACAGGAACAUGCAAAACUAUCACCGGUUAUUUCUGGCUUCACAGGAACAUUACGAAAAACUUUCAGAUCUGGCAGGCAGUGGGGGUGCUUCAAAUUUCAAGGAUGGAGAUAGUCCCAGUGAUGUGUUUCCAGAACGAGGAGAUAAAUCCAGUCUUUCAGCUGAUAACUUGAAUGAAGCAGAUGAUAAAGGGUGGUCCAGUGAUGAUGACAGUUGUCCAAGUAGUGGCAGUGAGAGUCGGGGGAGCAGUGCAGGAAGUGUACGUUCACAACAAUCCAUGCAGAGACACCAUUCCCAAGGUCAUUCUCUGAGCAUGCCCAGAGCUCUUCACAAUGCGAAGAAACGGACAGCACAGAGAGAUCCAUUUUCUCUACUUACCCUAGAUAUCCCCACUUCAUCCAAAACUUGUCGUGAUUCUGGACUAAGUUCUGGAGAUCCCUCUCCAAAUUCAAGUCAGUCACCCGCGAGUUCGAGUGAGCCUAUUAUGAAUGGUAGCGGAGACAAACCAAACUUCACGCGAUCUCACAGCACCAAUGAGGUUGUCAUACCACAGACGGCCAGAUGUCUCGAAUCACGCUCAAGAAGUGCUGCCACACUGACCAUAUCACCAAACAGGUUGAGAGAAAUCAGUGACCCAAUUAUUCAACUGCUGCACCAGUUACAUAAAAUUAUCUACAUAUCACAGCUUCCACCCACACUGGGUCCAAAUUGUAAUCGUCGGAUGAUCGAGCAGUACAAACGAGCCCUGUUCUCCCCACAGAGCAACUCGAUGAACUUGAAGAAUGAACUCAAGAAGCUUCUCGAAGGAUCUCGUGAUAUGAUUGACCUCAAUCUGGGUCCCGUGUCAAACUCCCGACGAAGACCGCACUCCGGACUGGACACGGAGACCUUCAUGUUCACCGCUCAUGCAAAAGACACCCAUCAGUGGGACCCUGACUAUAAAGACAUUGGUAUAACGUAUGAACAGAUGCAGUCGAUGAUUGAGAGCACUCUCGUGGAGUGCGGUUACUACAGCAUUCCUACCCGCGACAGGGAGACAACUCCGCCUUUCUGCUCAACUAGUAAUCUGCCAAACAGAAUUGGAUCAGCAUAAUACGUUUUGUGUGUAUACAUGUUCAGUUACAGUGGAUGCUGGUAUUUUAAAAUAAGUUUAAUUUAUUACUGUUUUACAAUAUAAUGCUCCUCCAGCAGAAAUCUGCCAAACAGGAUUGGAUCAGCGUAAUAGGUUUUGUGUGUACACAUGUCCAGUAAGUUAGAGGCAUGCUGGUGUUUUAAGUUUAAUUUAUUACUACUGUUUUACAGUAUAAUGCAACUUUGUUCUGCUCCAGCAGAAAUCUGCCAAUCAGGAUUGGAUCAGCAUAAUAUGUUUUGUGUGUACACAUGUUCAGUUAGUUAGGUGGUUGCUGGUGUUAUAAGUUUAAUUUAUUGCUGUUUUGCAGUAUAAUGCAGGAGACAAUUUUGUUCUGCUCUACCAGUAUUUGCCAAACAAAAUUGGAUCUACAUAUCUACAUAAAGCUGUGCAUCUGAUUGUCUGUCUACACACAAAGUUAGACUGAGAUUCUACUGUAUCGACAUAGACACACAAAUUUUAUGAAAAAUGCAGAUAUGAAGAGUUCAUUUUCAAAAUGCUGUAUCUCCAUUUAUGUCAUUUUGAUAAAAACAUUGUCUUACAAGUACAGUUUUAACAUCCUCUUCAGUGGGCAUAGAUUGUGUUUUAAAAAAAAAACAUUAUUGUUGUAGAUUUGUACUAAUAUCGGUAUGCUUUCACCGCUAACCCCAAAAUCCGGAAAUUGGUGUGCAUCAUAUUUUAAAAUUUAUACUCAACACUAAGUCAAGAUGAAUAAAAUUGUCUAUCUACUAAAAUCAAAAGUAAUAUAACAUAAUAUCCAAACAUUAUAUGAAAACAACAAUGUUAGGACUAUAUGUAUAAAUACUACACAUGAACAUAAUACUAUCAAUACACAUUACAUAAAAUACAUAACAUUUGUCCUUGGGAUCAUUUGGGGUCAGUCAGCACUAUGUACAUUAUUUUGGUAAACUUGCUUCCAUAGUCUGUGUAUCCAGAAUUAUCCCUAAGUAUUCCAAACAGGUAGUUGGACCCACUGUUUUGGGUUUUGAAAGAGGAACAUCCAUCCUAUGAAACACUGUGCACAAAAUAACCAUAGUUCUCUCCCCCAUAGCAUCUGCUGGAUCAAUCAUGAGAAAAUCAUCUAACAAGUGAAGUGAGUGCUGAAUACCAUAGUUAUUGUGUGCAGUCCAACAGAUAGUAUCCGACAACUGAUCAAACAAUUUGGGACUGCUGCUGCACCUGAAAGCUAGUCGUUUGUAAAAAUAAUAUUUACUGUUCCAUUUAAAGCCAAAUAAAUGCCUCUGAUCUGGUUUCAUGGGUAAUAAUUUGAAAGCAUCUGAUAUAUCUGUCUUGCAAAGCCAUGCCCCCUUUCCACAUGUUUGAAUUAUUUAAUCAAUUCUCACAUAUUCCAAAGAGCAAUCACCUUUAUUUAUUAAUUUGUUAAUGCUGGGAUGUCCCGUUGUUUCAUUGUUGAUUCCAAUUUUUGCAUUCUUUGUUACCGAUGUUGCAUUCCUUAAUCAGUGUCAAAAUCAUGUAUACACAAAACUAUUGCAAAGAUAUUGAACAAAUUCUUUGUUUUGGUGAUAUCUUAAUUCUAAAUUCUGUUGAAUUCUGUCAUAAAAAGCUGCUGGUCAUUUCUGUGCUGUAGCAGCCACUGAACUGAUUGGACAGCCGAGACAUUGCUUUAUGUCAUUGCUUUAUACAUUUUUCACACACGUGCAGGUAUGGGCAGGUUGGGCGUGUACAUGACGUUUCCCUUUUGAAGUUGUUGCACAUUUCUUUAUCACCGCAGUACAUUCCUUUCCUUCCCUGUCUUAUCGGUAUCUUUUACAGAUUUCUCGAAAUACAUGUUACUUUUAGCUUUGUGAUUGGUUGAUCGUUUACAUUGCCAAGUUGUGUGUAAAACACUUGAACAAAGUUGACAGGCUUUAAUUCUCUGACCAGAUGUCACCCUGUUGUACAACUUGAUAUCCACAAGUUACCUGUCAAUUUUUAUGCCAGUCAGUCUUAAUGUUUCUGCACAUUUUGUAGAGAAAAGCUGAUGAUAAUCGUAAAAAUACUUUGCCAUGAGUAUGAUGAAUGUCUAAUAGCAAACUUUCAUAGAGAUCAAGUUCAUUACGCCUUUGGGGAAACACCUCUCCCAUUAUUGUUUUAUGUUUCCCAUAUGCUGUGAGAAAUUUUGACAGUAUUAAAUGUUCUGACAACCUGUGAUCCUGUGUAUCAAAUUCAAAUGUUCCUUGUCCACAUAUCCGGAAUACUUGUAUGUUGUUGGAACUGCUGUGUCAUUACAGUCAUAGGCACUUCUGUGUUUGUACUGGUAGUUGGGAAGUUGCCACACGACAUCUCUUCAUACCCUGUCACCAAUGUUUGUGGUCCUUUAAUGUUAACCAUGGCAUUAAAGUUGGUGUUGCUCUGCGUUGGAAGCUGUUGCAUUGCUAUCAUCUGCUGUUGCAUAAAACAAAUUUGCUGCAACAUAAUAUUGUUUUGGAUGGGCACCGCCAUAUUGAAGACUGGUUCUGCUAUAGAGUUACAACUAACAUCACUAGAUGGUGUAUCAAACUCAGUUGAAAUAGUUUUACGCUGCCACUGUCGCUUGUAGUUUGGCCUACUUCGUCAUUACGGGUGCAAACAUUUGUUUCACUCACCCGCAUAUUGUCAUUUCUUGAAUUAUGUGUUUCUACUGGUCUGUUUCCACGUUGAGUGUUUAGUUCAAAUAAAUUCUUGAGGUCUGUUUUCGUCAUGUUUGCUGCUGUCUGAAUUGCCAUUUUUUCCACUAUUCUCAAUUUAUUUGCAGUCCAGUUAUUCGAACUCUCUUGUAUGGUCUAGUAAGAGUGCUGCAAAGUGUAGCCAUUGCAGAUAGCUACUAUCUCCCUCAAACAUUUUUGUUUAACACAUUGUUAGUCCACUUCACAAGACUUGCAACUUUGAAAUUUUUUAAAAUAAUAAAAAUAAACGCAGCCAUUAAGUAUGUUGUAUUCACAACCCCCACUGUUUCCAAAGAAUUUCUGUUCACUCUUAGAAUAAUCUUGCAAGAAUAAUUUUCAAAACAAUGCCCAAAGUAACAAGCACCAACACUUGAAAAACCAAUGAUCUAGAACAAUAAAUAUUUAUUUUUAAAAACAUAAGGAUUUUUUUUUUGGAAAACCAUGAACUACCCAAUCACGUGACUGGCAAGCAAUCAGUGAUGCAGUCUCCACUAAGAUGUCCCAGGGAUGAGUUAUUAAUAGCUCUGUACAAGGCCCACUUCUUGGGAACCUUGGAUACUGUAGGCUUAUAAUGCAUGUGCUAGUAAUAGCAUGUUAGAUACUGUAGACACAGCCAUUCGGAGUACCAUUUAUAAUUUGUGCUUGGAUAGUAAUGUAAAUGCUAACCUUGUGUAUAAACACAUGUUAUUGUACAAUAAGCAAAUAAAUGAACUCUUCAUAUAUGUAUAAUGUGUAUUUCCCAAGCAACAACAUUUUCAAGGUAGAUUUUACUGUUUAAGUGUUAUAUUGGCCACGUUUGGUUUUCCAAUCAUGUGACUUAUUAAGACAAUCAAGGUAAGGUUUUGAUUAAAUGCUAAUUAAAACAUUAAUUUUUUAAAAAUUAUUUUGUAUAUAAUAUAAUUUUGAAACUAUGGAUGAUAGUGUGCAGGUUCAAUGCCAACUAAAUAGUAAAGUAUUUUAUAAUCAUGACUAUUUUGACUAAUGAGUGGUUAAACGUUUCUCUGUUUAAAGCUGACUAUAAAUAGUAUUUUAUAAUCAUGACUAUUUUGACUAAUGAGUGGUUAAAUGUUUCUCUGUUUA